AUGGUUCAACCAAUUAUCUCCCCUUCUAUCUUAGCUUCUGAUUUCGCUAAUUUAGGAUGUCAAUGUAAAAAAGUAGUCGAUGAUGGUGCUCAAUGGUUACAUAUUGAUGUCAUGGAUGGUCAUUUUGUUCCAAAUAUUUCAUUUGGAGCUCCAAUUAUUACUAGUUUAAGAAAAGUAUUUCCUAAGGAUGCUCCAAAUCCAGUGUUUUUCGAUUGUCAUAUGAUGGUUGCUGAUCCAGAAAGAUGGGUUGAAGAUAUUGCUAAGGCUGGAGGUGAUGGUUAUACUUUCCAUUUUGAAGCUACUGAUGAUCCAUUAAAAUUAAUCAAGACUAUUAAGAAAUUUGGUUUAAAAGUUGGUGUUGCCGUUAAACCAGCUACUCCUGUUGAAUCCUUAUUCCCAAUCAUUGAUGAAAUUGAUUUAGGUCUUGUUAUGACUGUUGAACCAGGAUUUGGAGGUCAAAAAUUCAUGCCUGAAAUGAUGCCAAAAGUUAAACUUUUAAGAGAAAAAUAUCCAAAAUUAAACAUUCAAGUUGAUGGUGGUUUAGGUAAAGAAACCAUUGAUGCUGCUGCAACUGCGGGUGCUAAUGUCAUUGUUGCUGGUACUUCUGUUUUUAAAGCAGAAGUUCCAAAAGAAGUUAUAGAUCAUUUAAAGACUACUGUCAACUCCAAUUUAAAAAGAUUAGGAGUAAGUUCAUUAUAG